CAAUUUUAUCCGUCCUGUACGUUUCAAUUCAUUCCGGUAUAUUUAUUAUGACAGUGAAAGGAAACUAGUUAAAAUAACUGAUAAAGUGAUGAUUGAUUGAGGCACAUCGACAGAACCUUCAAUUACAAUGAGUUAUCCCACUGAAGCUAAGCAGCUUGUCGUGGAUGAAGCAGCAGCUGUUGGCAUACUCCAACAUCUAGACAAGAAUGAGCUACAAAAUCUACUGGAUGACAGCGAUAAGCUGGAUAGCUUGAUUCAAGAUUUACAACAGGUGAAAAAUAUCCAGACAGACAGAGAAAUGAUGCUUGCACGAAACAAAAGCAUGGCAGAUUUCAACUUGUCGCUCCAGAACCGCUUGGAAAACUUGAAGAGCGAGGUAGCCAGAGGGUAUGAGGAUGCUAAUAAGCUGAAAAUAGAUCUGGCCCAGGAUAAGUCUAAAAUAGAUUCUCACCCCAAUCGGCUCCUGCCGGACACAGCUCUAGCAUUGUUACAGACAGCUGCUGCUUCUUCAGAGGAAAGUUCUGAGCAAUUCGCAGAACAAUUUUGUGAUAACAAAAUCAGUGUUGAUUCCUUCUUGGAAAAUUAUUUGCCUGUAAGAACUGUUGCUCAUCUACGACAAGUGAAAGUGAAGAAAAUGAGAGAAUUAAUGAACUCUGGACUCUCAAGGACAGUUGCACCAAACCCCCCCUCCAUCAACAGUUACUCUUGUCCUACAGGCUUGAGUAACCUCCCCUACCCUACUGGUAAUUUCUCAAUGCCGCAACCAGCAAUGUAUCCAAGAUAAUACAAGUAGUUAUAAGGUGAAUUAAUAUUGUUAUCUUUUUUGUAAGGAAAGAAUACUUGUCAUUUAUUUGUAAUUCAUUUAUUUUUCCAUGCUUUUUGCAAGUGUAGUCCAACACAUCUGAAAUGCUUUUCCAUAUUUUUACAUAAGAUCAUAUGAAGUGCUGAUAGACCAAUGCAAAAUGAUGCUUUUAUUGAUUUUGUUGUUGUUGUGUGCUGAUUUACAAGUAGUUGGGCAUUUAUUAAAUAGAUAUGUUAAACACAUUAAUGGCAAAGUUGUAAAAAGAGGUAUAGCGCCUUUUCCCAAUAUUUCACCUAUGCCUGUGUUUGGAUGGAAAGUAUCUGUUACUUAAAAUAGCUUCAGGUACCUAGCUGUCACAAUAUAAUUUUCGAAACCUAGAUACUGAUUUUAUAAUGAUGUCUGUAACAACUGAUUUUGCAUAAACUGUGUAAAAUGUCAGUUGAUAUUCUGAACCGUGAUAAGUUCAAGCAAAACACAAUAAUUUGAAUCUAAGUGUAAAUAGAGUACAUGUACAGUGUUAUUGAAGAGAUCUGUUUAUAUUGGGUGUGCUCAUACUCAGACUGAAUUAAGCAAAAUAAUAUUUUUUUAAAAAUUCCAGAAGAUUAGAUACGUGUAUGGUAACUUAAACUCUCUAUUCUUUUAAUAUUUAAAUUAAGUAAAAAAUAAUAUUUACUACUGGUGCUUGGUGAAAUCGAUCCAGCGAUUGCAUAAUCAACAAGACCUACACUUUUCCUCCAGGCCACAUAUGAUAUCUAACACUUUCAUUUGAUGUCUUUUCAAUAUUUAUUGCUAUAUAUAUGAUAGUUAUAGAAAAGACCCUGAUUGAAAUACAUGUAUUUGUCUAAUUUUCAGUACAAAGAGUUUAAGACCAUGUUAAACCAAAACUAAUUCAAUAUAAACAUGUACUAUAAUACUAGUAGAACAUAAUUUUAAUCAGAUUUCUUUGGUUAAGAGUGGUUCAAAUAGUCAAAUAUCCAAUUUUUAAUAGUAUAAUAACUAUUUUCGUUAUAGUACUAACAAAAAAUGAAUAUUUUAAUGAUGUCGUGUAAGAUUAUUUAGACUCUUUCAGCAUGGUAAUUAUAUAUCGUGUUAUUUGCAUUUCUUCGAAUUUAUUUUAACUAAAUAUUGUAUAAUAUUUAAAAUGUCUGAUGUUUGCAGAAGUGUUAUAUUUUAGGCGAAAUGGUAUAUUAAGUGCGCUAUACCUCUUUAGUUGAAACUGGUGUUUUUUAUGACACAUAAAGUGACCCCAUUCGUUCCAUGAACUUUUGCUUGAUUGGGAGAAUCCCUUGGUAAUCGUUUUGAAAAUCUCUUGUCUUGUAUUUGGUCUGUGUUUACAUGUAUGUUGCAUUGAGGAGAACCCUUGAAUAAGAUCUAAGUUGUUAAUGGUUUAAUUUUUGAAGAAUUAACGUAAUGAACAAUUUGCCUAACUUGAAGCUUAUUUAACUUGGUUAAGCUUGGAACGUAUGUUUUAAUAUGCAUUACCCAGCAAUAUGUUAUUGUUGGAAUGCAUGUAUGUAGAAUAUAAUGGAUUUAAUACAAGGACUACAAAUAAAAGGUUUUCAAAAGUAA